UUAGAAAUAGCUGAUGUGAGAAGCCAAAGUGUCAUAAUUAUAAUGGUGGAUUUAUUAGUCGAUAGAAAGGCGUCUGUCACUAUCACAAGAUCAAGACGCCAAGACCAAGACCAAGACUUAAUGUAAACACUUCGAGGGCGUAAGAGCAACAGAGAGUGACUACAAAGGAGGAACGGAAUGAUUGGUCUGCCCUAAAUGACCAAGCGAGACACAACCAUGGCCAAGGAUGAGAAGGAUACCCCGAGGAACCCUGAAGGAGCGUGGGCGGCUGCAGGAUUCGCCGUGGUGCUGCUGCUGGUGGGGGUGCCAGUGUGGUGGUUCACAACUACCGUGUACCGAGCACAGCUUCCCUAUGGCACCAUCGAGACGCUCUCUGGCCAGCUGCGGCACCACACCAUUGGGAUAACCAUCAUUGGCUCGCUGCCCCCAAGCUUCCGGGAUGACAUGGCAAAGAGUCUCGGAUCAAUGCAGACGGUGAAGUUCCUGCUGUCCCAGAGGCGUCCAACCAAGGAGGAGCGCGAGGCCCUUCAGUCCGCCAAGACCCCACGCGAGCUGGAUGGACUCAUGAGCCGGCUGGUGCGUGUAGCGUCUGGCAUGCUGGCAGUAGUGGUGCUGCCGGAGGGGAUGGAGGCUGGCACGUUGGUGGUGGGCACAGACCGACUCCUCUACAUCAAACCCGAGGCUGAUCUGGAAGUUGUAUCGACAGUAGUAAGGAACAUGGUGAUGGACCCGUUAGCCAGCAGGUACGCCCUCACCAACAGACCUUUGCAGCACAAGAAGGAGGCCAUGAGACAGGUGCCCACUGAGCCGGGAUAUGAUGUGACCCUGACGUUGAUGGUGCCGGAGCCCCACCGCACUAAGAUAGAAUGGGACGCCAGGGCUGCAGUGAAAGAUUACCUCCAGCCAGUCGUGAAGCAGCUGGAGAAAGUGAGCAAGCUGACUGUCCGCUCCCAGGUGCUCUAUAUGACUGGGCUCAGCGUUUCCCCUCAGUGGUCCAAGGCACACCAACAUUAUGCCCUGCCUGAGAACCAGCUGCCACUUACCAUCAAUGCUAUCGAGGCUAAACUAGGGUCCUACGUCUCCACUCGGCCUUCCCUUCACUUCGUCGUGUACAUUCCCCGAGAGAAGCAGCUGCCCCUCCACAUCCAUACUACUGAUGGUACUCCUCUGCCGUCAAACAGCUUCCUUGUCCCUCGAUGGGGUGGGGUCAUGAUCCACAACGUGCCGCGCUCGGAGCCUAAUGCAACCCUGCCACGCCCGGUCUCCCUUGACUCACACUGGAUAAUGAGCACCGUGAUCACCCACCUGCACCGCCUCCUGCCCAUCCCCUCCCUGAAGGAUGUUGGUGGUGUGGAGACCCUCACCCUGGAGGACUCGCCGCUGCUGACCGCCUGGCAGCUGGAUGGCUUGGCCCGUGCCAGAGUUUCAGCCUACCUGUCUAACAUCCGCAUCACACUGCAGUCCCUUUGCGAGCUGGUUGGGGAGAUCAGCAACAUGGUGAUCAGCGAUGAGGUGGGUGGGUGGGUGUGGGGGGCCGUGGAGGAGUGGGGGGAGUGCGGCCGAGCAACCAGAGAGGGACGACUUCAGGACGCAACCUUGUACUGCAGCAGGUCCUUCACACAGGCUGAUGCGGCAUUCUUCCACCCCUCCAUGCUGGCCCUUCUCUACUUCCCAGACAACCAGAAGUAUGCCAUCUACGUGCCACUGUUCCUGCCAGUAAGCAUUCCUGUGUUGCUCUCCCUCAAGAUGGUGUUCGGACUCUUCAGGAAAUCACAAACGAAGGAGAAAAAGGAGUAACUGAGGUACCCGGUAGUGUUCGGAACAAUCUUGUCAUCUCAUAGUGUAUGGUUUGUGUAUUAUCUUGCACUACCUCCUCUUCUUCUGUUCGUUCAAUGUCCACUUUUUCCCUUAUGGUGUAAUGUUACACUGUCGCCUCAAAGUGCGGGUAGGAUUAUACAUUCCAAGUAGACAUGAAGCACGGUAUGUUUUGUAGAUAUUGCUUGUACUUGAUUAUAAUAGGACGAUAUAGUGCCCUUAGACGGCAGCAGUCUCUGAAGAGUAGCUUCCCCCAAAAUGAGUCUAUAUAUAGUCAUUGCCAAGCUUAGGACCGUAGCAUAAAUAUAGUUACGCCGCAUGAGAUGUUUUAACUAUCGUCUAUAUAUAGAUUCUACUGCAAUCUGGAAGUGUUGUUAUAUUUCUGUCAUACAAAACUGACUGACUGAAUUUUAGACUGUCUAUAUAGAGUUCCACCGCCGUCUAAGAGUUAAUGAGCACCAUCACACACAUAAGGCUACAAUGCAGUAACAAACAGAAAAAAUUAGUUCACUUAAAGAAUGCCAUGUUAGUACACCAUUGUCUGUUCAGCUUUACAAGGCCCAUUGUACCAUGAGGCCAAUCCUGUAUGUAGUGAUGGCACUCAGCUGACAUCUUUCCCCUGGUGCUUGUUUGAUCAUGCUCUUCAGCAGUUUAAAUUUUAUGCAAAUUGUGUUGUCUGGGAGUGAACAACAUGGCGCCACUAUAAACACUUGCCUGCGCCUUGAUGGGCUGGGGCCGAAUACCAUUCAGGCCCCUCAAGCAAGCCUACUGGCACAAUAGGCGGACAUAAGAAAAAAAAAAUGGCUGCAAUGUGUUCAUCACAUUAUUCAGUAACUAGUCAUGCACUGCAGGCAUCAAGCUUUAGCAACAAGGGGAAAUGUCAUGACACACAGUAGCCUCUUUAAAAUAUAUUCGUUCUUAAAAUGUCAUUAUUUAAUGGCAUUUAUUCAUUUUACCAUACUUUGAAAUACAUGUAAUCCAUUCCAGGCCCACAGCCAAGGCCAGAGUUGCCACCCAAUGCAACCAUUUUAACACAAAAAUUUCAUUACAAAGUCACUGAGGGAAUCACUGCACUGUAGCUUGUACAGUAGGGUGCGUGGAGAGGCUAACAGACUCAUUGAGGGUGAGGAGGGUGCUUAAAGGUCCACAAGGAGCAACUGAGGAACUUUGGGAGGAAAUAUAUAUAUAUGUGUAUAAAGGAGGAGGAAAUAAGUGUAAAAAUACGUGCAAUUAGAAAAACUCAACUUAUGGAAAAUUUAUUAAUCUCAAGUACAGCGGUUGUUUUCAGUAAUGUUUGCUAACAAGUAAGAACCAAGCAUUGCCAGACACUUAAGUAUUCUUAGCAUAAGGAGUUAUGAACUUGAAAUUUUUAAUAAAAAUAAUAAAUCUAAUA